AUGAAUCGUUACUGGUGGAGAUCUAAGGAUGAUCAGGGCAUCCAUUGGAAGGCAUGGGAUAAAUUGUGCAUCCCUAAGAAAUAUGGGGGAUUGGGCUUUAAGGAGUUGCAUGCCUUUAAUUUAGCUAUGCUGGGGAAGCAGGCCUGGCGUUUACUCACCAAACCUGAAUCAUUGGUUUUCAGAAUAUAUAAAGCCAGGUACUAUCCUAAAGGGACAUUCUUUGAUGCUUGUAUAGGGAAUAAUCCAAGUUACUGCUGGCGUAGUAUUAUGGCUGCACAGGAAUUAAUUUGUGGGGGAGUCAGACGCAGGAUUGGAAAUGGGGAGGGAACUCUUAUAUGGGAUCAUCCAUGGUUUCAGGAUGAAAAUAAUGCGAAAAUAAUCACUGACAAACCACCAUACUUGGCGCAGGCAACUGUAACGGGAUUAAUAGAUCAGGAAGCGGCGGCCUGGGAUAAUGAUAUUUUAACUGAUAUUUUCAUCCCGGAGGAUGUGACACGAAUAUUGAAAAUACCUGUGUCACCAGAUUAUGAGGAUAUGUGGUAUUGGCAUGGUGAUAUAACAGGAGAAUACUCGGUAAAAAGCGGUUACAGGCAAAUAGUGGGAAAUUAUGACCAGACGACAGGGAUGUUUGAUAAAUGGCCCAAAUUAUGGAAGCUCAAAGUACCCCCGAGAUGGAAAACAUUUUUAUGGAGAGCCUUGAAUAAUAUAUUGCCCACAACAACGAACCUCAUUAUAAAGAGAGUGGAUAUUAGCCCAACAUGUGCUAUGUGUGGGAUUAUGCAUGAGAAUGUUAUGCACUCUUUGGUUAGAUGUGAUUAUACAAGGAACAUAUGGGCACAAUCUCACCUUCCAAUCUCCAAUACUAUCACAGAUAUUUUCCAUGCUUGGUUUAAUGAGAUAUUAAAUAUUCUAGAUGAUGAUGGAAUUAUUUAUGCAGUAGGCCUACUAUACUAUAUAUGGCGAGCGAGGAAUGGAGCUGUGUGGGAUGCAUACUUGCCCAGACCACAAAAGAUAAUUGCAACUGUAACCGCGGCGAUCCGGGCAUGGCAAAUUGCACACCCGGACCGCCCGCAACAGCAACACGCCCCGCGUGGAUUGCCCACGGCAACCUCCGAGCAGCGCCAAGGAGUGGCACAACAGCCUGCUGCCGUCCCGCCCACAAGCCACACGGCUGCCUCCCCACGGAAUAAAUGUUACUUUGAUGCGGACUUUUUCCAUGCCACAAAUAAGACCGCUGUUGGGGCAAUUAUCCUAGACGAACAGGGAUCGUAUAUCACAGCUCUACAGGCGCCAUUGAUAGACUGCUUCUCCCCGCUUAUGGCAGAAGCAAUUGCAUGUAAAGAAGUGUUAUCCUGGCUAUUGGAUCGUGGAGAGAGAUCGGUGGACAUACUAAUGGAUUUUUUGUUACUACAACAGUAUUUAUCACAAGCGAAGGAUACACCACGUUCAUACCUCGGCUAUGCCAUUGACACCUGCAGAAACCGGAUGGUUUCCUUUGAUUAUGUUUCAGUUAAUUAUGUUCCUAGAUCGGAUAAUUGUUUAGCACAUAUUUUAGCCACUUCGGCCUUUAAUUAUUCAGCACCUAUGUACUCGGACAAUGGUCCGCCAGACUCUAUUUCAGCAUAUUUCCAAUAA